AUGCCGAAGACUAAACGUUUUAAGAACUUACAAAAGUCAGUUCAAUCAGCUUCUUCUUCAAAAUCUACUGAUGCGGCACCAGAUAUGACAUCACUAUUGGCUCCUUCAUUCCCGACUACAUCACAUCCAACUCCUUCGUGUCAGGCAACAUCACUACCAUCUCCUUCAUUUCAAGCCACAAGACAGCAAACCGCUUCAUUUCAGGCCACAACACAGCCAAGACAGCAAGCUCUUUCAUUUCAAGCCAUGGGGCAAACAACUCCUUGCAUUCAGCCGACUCCUUCUUUUCAGGCCACGGGACAGACAACUCUUUCAUUUCAGGCCACAACACAGACAACUCCUUCAUUUCAACCUCCAAUUAAUCCCACACCAACACAAGCAACAUCCAAUAAGCGUCCUAAACGUGAGUCUUCACAUCAUUGGACUGUCGAUGAAAUAGAUUCACAUGGAAAUACCAAAAGGCUGAAAUUGAAGACUAGAGAAGCAUUAAGUUUACCUCAAGGAGAACGUGUUGUGGUGGAGUUUGAUGGCAAGGAUCCGAUUGGCGAAGCACAAGGCCUUCUAGCAGGCGUAUGUGGCCUUUUAGCAACUGACUGUACCAUAUUUCCAAUUGGUUUUGAUAAAUGGCCGGAUAUGCCUAAGUCAUACUUUAACGACUGCUUUAAUAACAUUAUAAAGGUAUAA